AGGGACACGGGAGAGAUGGGGAAGGCGUGAGGAUGGAGUACCCAGGGGAAUGGGAGAGAUGGGGAACUUUGGGACCAGGGUCCUGGGAGAUUGGGGACACCUAGGAGAUGGGAGAAAUGGAGCACCCAGGAACCAGAGAUACCCCGUGAGGUGGGGUGUCUGCAGAUGAGGAGAGACAGGGCACCCCAUAGUGAUGGGGUACGUUAGGGGCCAAGGAGGGCAGAGUGCCAAGUGGAGGUGGCAGCAAGGGCCAGGGCAGAAUGGGCUACCUGGACUAGGGCAAAGGGCUGGGAAGGAAUUGGUUGCUGGAGGAACAGGGUGACCUGGAGGAGCUGGAGGUGAUGAAGAUUGUGCCUCUUGGCCCCUGGAGCAGCUCUCCCUCCUGGGAUGAGGUUCCUGGGCUGGACACAAGACUGAAGAUGGGGAGCGAUCCAGGGUGCUGGCUCCUGCUACAAACUGUGCUGGCUCUGCUCCUGAGGGCCACCUUCCUCGGGGUGGCAGCGAGCAGGAUGGAGGAUGGGCAGGAAAGCUUCCAGAGGCAAGACAUCAUCGCUGAUGACUUCCUCUCAUGGCUGGGCCGAGCUGCGAGGGAGGUCCUGGAGACCUGGAUGGGUCGUGAGCCCCUGCAGCUGGUGGCGGAGAGCCUCUCCACUGUGCUCUGGACUGUGUCUUCAGGCAUCUCCGUGGCUUUGACUAUGCUCUGCAAGAUCCUGGGAGACAUCCUGACUGCCUUUGGCCUGAAUGGGAACGUCCUGGUCCAGAAUGUGAGACUGGGCCCUGGUGAAGUGCAGAAGCUGCUGUUGUGGGGCCUGGCUGUGCUGGUGAGCUCCUGGCUGCUGACACAGUUGCUGGGGCUGGUUCUGGACCUCCUGGUGUACAUGCUGUGGUGGGUGAAGCUGUGCUGUUUCCUGUGUGCUUUCUCCUAUGUUGUGGCCUCCCAGGAGAACCCCACGGUGCAGGCAGGGCUGCUGCUUGGGCUGUGGAUGUUCUACACCCUGCUGGGGCGCCUGGCAGGGUUGCGCAGCCCUGGUGCUGACCUGGAGGCCACUGUGCGCAGCCUCGAGUGGAAGGUGGAGGAGCUGCGGCAGCGGCAGAAGUUGGGGGUAGCCCAGACCCAGGAGGAGGAGUGAGCUAGUGUGUCUGUGGGGGGUCCUGGGGCACAACCUGCCUUGGUGCACCAUCCCCUCAUCUGCCUGGCCCUGGCCUGUCCCCCUGUACCAGUGCCCCCAGCGCUUCCAGCACACAUCUGCCCUGCUGUACCCCUGCACCUCACCUUUGUCCUCCCCACCAGGUCCCCCCACUGUGGCAUGCCUCCCUUCCUGUUGCCAUCACCUGCUCCCCCAGUUCUCCCAGCAGGCCUCUCUAACCCAGUCCAGAGGUGAACUCCAGCCCAGGAGCCCCAUGUCCCAGCAAGUGGAACAGGGCAACUGUUCCAUGCAGCACCCACAGAGCUGAGGACGUGCUCCCUAUACACACACCACAGUGCCUUAAUUCAAGCCAGCAGUGUCUUAGACAGCCUGCACCCACGGAAGGAGAUUGGAGGUUUUGGUAUGGUCAUAGCAACCCCCUUUGCCCCUGAAUUCCAAACCCAUCCCUGCCAAAGAGGAAAGCAGGGAGGCAUUUUAAUCCUUGCUUCAUUUGCCUAGCCUGACAGCGGCACCACGUGUCUGCCCAUGCCAGUCACACAGCCAUUGUGUCCAUCUGUCUGGGGAGUGGGUACAGACAUGGUUCAACAGGAGAGAGAGGAUUCAAAAUACCCAGCUGGGAACCUUCUCCGAUCCUCUCUCCAGAAGGCAGGGGUGUCUCCAGCCACAGGCCUCUCUUUGGGAAGGUGGUGGCGAUUUCUCUCCCUUCCCCCAAAACGGGGUUUGUGUUUCUGUGGGAGGUUGGGGGGUACUGAACUGCUGCUGUGCACCUCUUCUAGGAGAUUGCUGCCAAACCCUGUGUUGUUGGUUCUUAUUUUUUAAGCUGCUUUUUAAACUGUUUUGAUAGGUGGUACCAAAUAAACACUAUCUAAUCACA